CAAAUUCCAUUUUUUUGUCAUUAUUUUAAACUUCAGAAAAGAAACUUCAAUUUGUUCUUCAUCUAGACAAAGAUGUAUAAAAGCAGGACCCUGAUCUGGAUGUCUUUGAUCCUUUGUGGCUUAGUGACUGAAUGUUUCGGAUUAGUUAUCAUGCCCAAAGACAAGAGAGGUUGGACAUUGAACAGCGCUGGAUAUUUGUUAGGCCCACAUGCUGCGAAUGGUCACAGGUCACUGACUGACAAGGGGGGACUCGCUGGGAAGAGAGAAGUCUUCGACGAUAAUUACAAAUCAGUUGUAACAAGUUUCAGUAAUCCACUGAAUUCAGUUGAUGAUAAUGCCCUUCAGACGCUGACAGAAUUCCUGAGAUACUUGCGCCUGAGAGAAUCUGGCCUCCUGGAUAACUCUGCAAUGCUGUUCUCAGCAGACCAAACACAACAAGCAUAA